AAGCUGGUGUUUUUGCUCCAAGACAUGGCUGCAGCUUCCCAGGGAGGAGCCCAGGGGCAUCUCCAACACUCAGCCUUUCCCUCUGGACCCUUUUAAAAGAUUCAACAGCACCGUCUCUCUCCACUUCCAUCCUAGAAUGUAGAAUCUGCAAAGUGCCUUUUGUAAAGUUUCUUAAGGGCCCCAUCCCAGCCAAAAUGAAUCCCAGGGAAGAAAAAGUAAAAAUAAUUACAGAGGAGUUCAUUGAAAAUGAUGAGGAUGCAGACAUGGGAAGACAGAAUAAGAACUCAAAGGUUCGAAGACAGCCAAGAAAGAAACAGCCACCAACUGCUGUCCCCAAGGAAAUGGUGUCCGAAAAGUCUCACCGUGGCAACCGGCAGGAGCCUGUGCAGGAGGAGCCCAAGACCCACCUUCUGAGUAUGACAGUCCGGAGAGGCCCACGGAGCUUACCUCCAAUUCCUUCAACUUCCAGAACAGGCUUUGCAGAAUUUUCCAUGAGGGGACGCAUGAGGGAGAAAUUGCAAGCUGCAAGGUCCAAAGCAGAAAGUGCAUUGCUGCAGGAAAUCCCCACUCCUCGGCCCAGACGCUUACGAAGUCCCAGUAAGAAAGAACUGGAGACUGAAUUUGGCACAGAGCCAGGGAAAGAGGUAGAAAGGACUCAACAAGAAGUUGAUUCCCAAAGUUAUUCAAGAGUCAAGUUCCGUGAUUCUGCACGAAAAAUCAAGCCUAAACCCCAGGUUCCACCUGGCUUCCCUUCUGCAGAAGAAGCCUAUAACUUCUUUACUUUCAACUUUGAUCCCGAACCAGAAGGAUCAGAGGAAAAACCAAAAGCAAGACAUAGAGCGGGAACUAAUCAAGAGGAGGAGGAAGGAGAAGAAGAACCACCUGCACAAGGAGGAGGAAAGGAAAUGGAUGAGGAAGAACUGCUUAAUGGUGAUGAUGCCGAGGACUUUCUAUUGGGCUUAGAUCACAUGGCUGACGAUUUUGUAUCAGUGAGACCUGCAGAUUAUGAAAGCAUCCAUGAUCGGUUGCAGAUGGAAAGAGAAAUGCUCUUCAUACCCAGUAGGCAGACAGUCCCUACAUAUAAAAAGCUUCCUGAGAAUGUACAGCCCAGGUUCCUGGAAGAUGAAGGCCUUUACACCGGGGUAAGACCAGAGGUGGCACGCACCAAUCAGAACAUCAUGGAGAACAGAUUGCUGAUGCAGGACCCCGAAAGAAGAUGGUUUGGAGAUGACGGCAGGAUCCUAGCUCUGCCAAACCCCAUCAAGCCAUUUCCUUCAAGGCCGCCAGUACUAACACAGGAGCAGAGCAGUAAGGCAGAGCUUGAAACACUGUAUAAAAAGGCAGUAAAAUACGUUCACAGUAGUCAGCAUGUGAUCAGAUCUGGAGACCCUCCUGGAAAUUUCCAGCUGGACAUUGAUAUUUCAGGGUUAAUCUUCACUCAUCAUCCCUGUUUUAGCCGAGAGCAUGUUUUGGCAGCCAAGCUGGCCCAGUUAUACGACCAGUACCUUGCAAGACACCAGAGAAACAAGGCGAAAUUUCUUACUGAUAAGCUCCAAGCUUUAAGAAAUGCUGUUCAGACUGGCCUUUAUCCAGAAAAACCUCAUCAGUCUCUCGACACCAUCCAAAAAACCAUCAAUGAGUAUAAAUCUGAAAUUCGACAAACAAGAAAAUUCCGUGAUGCUGAACAAGAAAAAGAUAGAACAUUGCUUAAGACCAUCAUAAAAGUUUGGAAAGAGAUGAAAUCCCUUCGAGAGUUCCAGAGAUUUACAAAUACUCCCUUGAAACUUGUUUUGAGAAAGGAAAAAGCUGACCAGAAAGCAGAUGAAGAAGCAUAUGAAGCAGAAAUUCAAGCUGAAAUAAGUGAACUGUUAGAAGAGCACACGGAGGAGUACGCACAGAAGAUGGAAGAAUACAGAACAUCGUUACACCAGUGGAAGGCCUGGAGGAAAGCGCAAAGGGCCAAGAAGAAGAAAAGGAAACAAGCAGCAGAAGAACAUCCCGAUGAUGAGAUUGCAGAGCCGUAUCCCGAGGAGGACCUUGUGAAGCCCAGCCCUCCAGAGCCCACUGAUCGGGCAGUGAUAGAGCAGGAGGUGAGGAAGAGAGCAGCCCAGAGCAGGAGGAGGCCUUGGGAGCCCACGCUGGUCCCGGAGCUAAGCCUGGCGGGAAGCGUAACACCCAAUGACCAGUGCCCCAGAGCAGAGGUCUCGAGAAGGGAGGAUGUAAAGAAGCGCUCAGUGUACUUAAAAGUGCUCUUCAACAACAAGGAGGUGUCCAGGACAGUCAGUCGGCCACUAGGAGCAGACUUCCGAGUUCACUUUGGGCAGAUUUUCAAUUUGCAAAUAGUCAACUGGCCGGAGAGUUUAACACUUCAGGUCUAUGAAACUAUUGGACACAGUAGUCCCACCUUGCUAGCAGAAGUGUUUCUGCCUAUUCCUGAGACUACUGUUGUCACUGGAAGGGCUCCUACUGAAGAAGUGGAGUUUAGCAGUAAUCAGCAUGUGACACUGGACCACGAGGGAGUUGGAAGUGGAGUGCCCUUCUCAUUUGAAGCUGAUGGCAGUAACCAGCUGACUCUGAUGACCUCAGGGAAAGUGUCUCAUAGUGUGGCAUGGGCCAUUGGAGAAAACGGGAUACCUUUAAUUCCUCCAUUGUCACAGCAGAACAUUGGAUUUUGGAGUGCUUUGAAGAAGGCAGAUGCCAUCUCAUCUAUUGGCACAUCAGGACUGACAGACAUGAAAAAAUUGGCCAAGUGGGCAGCAGAGUCCAAGCUCGACCCAAAUGACCCCAACAAUGCGCCUUUGAUGCAGCUAAUCUCGGUUGCUACCAGUGGCGAAUCCUAUGUCCCUGAUUUCUUUAGACUGGAGCAGCUGCAACAGGAGUUUAACUUUGUUUCAGAUCAAGAAUUAAAUAGAUCCAAACGAUUUAGGCUUCUUCAUCUUAGAAGCCAAGAGGUGCCAGAAUUCCGAAAUUAUAAGCAAGUUCCAGUCUAUGACCGAGAAAUUAUGGAAAAGGUAUUCCAGGACUAUGAGAAACGGUUACGAGACAGAAAUGUAAUAGAAACCAAGGAACACAUAGACACCCAUAGGGCCAUAGUAGCCAAGUACCUGCAGCAGGUUAGAGAAUCAGUGAUAAAUCGUUUCUUAAUUGCAAAACAGUAUUUUCUUCUUGCUGAUAUGAUAGUAGAAGAAGAAGUUCCCAAUAUCAGCAUUUUGGGCCUAAGCCUUUUCAAGCUGGCAGAACAAAAGCGACCACUGCGGCCAAGGAGAAAAGGUCGGAAGAAGGUGACAGCCCAAAACCUGUCUGAUGGAGACAUAAAGCUGCUGGUGAACAUUGUCCGAGCUUAUGACAUUCCAGUGAGGAAGCCGGCAGUGAGCAAAUUCCAGCAGCCGUCGAGGUCUUCAAGGAUGUUCAGUGAAAAGCAUGCUGCUUCCCCAAGCACGUACAGCCCAACCCACAAUACUGACUACCCCCUCGGCCAGGUUUUAGUACGUCCCUUUGUAGAAGUCUCUUUUCAACGAACAGUUUGCCAUACAACUACGGCUGAAGGACCAAACCCCAGCUGGAAUGAAGAACUAGAACUUCCAUUUAGGGCUCCUAAUGGAGAUUAUAGCACAGCCAGUCUGCAGUCAGUGAAAGACGUUGUGUUCAUUAACAUUUUUGAUGAAGUACUGCAUGAUGUCUUAGAGGAUGACCGUGAAAGAGGAAGUGGAAUCCAUACUCGUAUUGAGAGACACUGGCUGGGAUGUGUGAAAAUUCCAUUUAGCACAAUAUAUUUCCAAGCAAGGAUUGAUGGAACAUUUAAAAUAGAUAUUCCCCCAGUUCUUCUGGGCUACAGUAAGGAGCGAAAUAUGAUUCUUGAGCGGGGUUUUGAUUCUGUCGGAAGCUUAAGUGAAGGCUCCUACAUUACCCUCUUUAUUACCAUUGAGCCCCAGCUGGUUCCUGGAGAGUCCAUUCGAGAAAAGUUUGAGUCUCAGGAAGAUGAGAAAUUACUUCAAGCAACUGAGAAGUUUCAAGCUGAAUGUGCCCUAAAGUUUCCAAAUCGUCAGUGCCUUACAACAGUAAUUGAUAUAAGCGGAACAACUGUUUUUAUCACACGUUAUCUCAAACCUUUAAACCCUCCUCAGGAGCUCCUUAAUGUCUACCCCAAUAAUCUACAGGCAACUGCAGAACUAGUGGCUCGAUAUGUGUCCUUGAUUCCCUUCUUGCCUGACACUGUCUCAUUUGGUGGUAUCUGUGACCUCUGGAGCACAUCUGAUCAAUUUCUUGAUCUCCUGGCAGGGGAUGAAGAAGAACAUGCAGUACUAUUGUGUAAUUACUUUCUGUCUCUGGGUAAGAAGGCCUGGCUGUUGAUGGGCAAUGCUAUUCCUGAGGGUCCAACUGCCUAUGUGCUAACUUGGGAGCACGGUCGUUAUUUAAUAUGGAAUCCCUGCAGUGGACAUUCUUAUGGACAAUUUGAUAUAUUCUGUCCCUUGAAAAAUGUGGGCUGUUUAAUAGGUCCUGAUAAUAUUUGGUUUAAUAUUCAACGAUAUGAUUCUCCACCAAGGAUAAAUUUUGAUGUCACGAGGCCCAAGCUAUGGAAAUCUUUCUUUUCAAGAAGCCUUCCAUAUCCUGGCCUUUCCAGUGUUCAGCCUGAAGAGCUAAUUUACCAGCGCUCAGACAAAGCAGCUGCAGCUGAGCUACAAGACAGGAUUGAAAAAAUACUAAAAGAAAAAAUCAUGGACUGGAGGCCACGCCAUCUGACUCGGUGGAAUAGGUAUUGUACCUCUACUCUGCGUCACUUCUUGCCUCUGUUAGAAAAAAGUCAAGGAGAAGAUGUAGAAGAUGACCACAGAGCAGAACUGCUAAAACAGCUGGGAGACUACAGGUGACUUCCUCCACUAAAGUCCGGAACCCUAUAAAGACAUCCAUUGAGAGUUGGAAUCAACUUCAUCCAAACUUGUUAAUGUUGACAUUCUGACCUCCUCCAAUGAAUCACAAAUAUUCUUAAUGGCACCUAGAAUGGUGAAUCCUUCUAUUGAAUCCUUUCCAGAAUAUUUUCAAUUUACUUUGCCCUGAUCCAUCAGAGGAAUCACUAUCUAUGGCAACUAUAGCCAUACAAAAUGUAUUUCUUAAUAAGACUUGAAAGUCAAAAUUAUUCCUUGAUCCAUGGAGUAAUUCUGCGUGGAGCUGCAGAACGGAUGUUGUGUUAACAGGUAUGAAAACAAUAAUCUCCUUGUACAUCUCCACCAGAGCUCUUGGGUGACCAGGAGCCUUGUCUAUAAGCCAUAACGUUUUGAAAGAAAUUUUUUGAGCAGGUCUCAACAGUGGGCCUAAAAUAUUCAGCAAACCGUGCUGUACACAGAUGUACUGUCAUACUAGCUUUGUUGUUCCAUUUACAGAGCACAGAGUAGACUUAGCAAUAAUUCUUAAGGGCCUUAGGUUUUUCAGAAUGGCAAAUGAGCAUUCUCUUCAACAUAGUCACUAGCUGCAUCAAUCUCUAACAUAAGAGUCCACCUGCCCUUUCAAGCCAGGCAUUGAUUCCUCCUCUCUAGCUAUUAAAGAUUUAGAUAAAGAUGGCAUCUUCUUCCAAUAGAAGGCUGUUUUGUCUAGACACUGAAAAUCUGUUAUUUAAUGUAGCCACUUUCAAAUCAAUGACCUUAGCUAGAUCUUCUGAAUAACCUGCUGCAGCUUCUAUAUUAGCACUUGCUACUUCACCUUGUAUUUUUGUUAUAGAGAAGGUUUCUUUCCUUAAACCUCAUGAAUCAACCUCUGCUAGCUUCAACCUUUUCUGAAGCUUCCUCACUUCUCUCAGCCUUCAUGGAAUUAAAGAGAGUUAGGGUCUUACUCUGAAUUAGGCUUUGGCUUAAGGGAAUUUUAUGGCUAGUUUCAUCUAUUCAGACCACUAAAACUUUCUCCAUAUCAGUAAUAAAGCUGUUUCACUUUCUUAUCAUUAGGUGUUCACUGGAGUAGCACUUUUAAUUUCCUUCAAGAACUUUCCUGUUGCAUUCACAACUUUGCUGUAUGGCACAAGAAGCGUAGAUUUGGGCCUAAGUUUUCAACAUGCCUUGCUCACUAAGCCUAAUCAUUUCUAGCUUUUCAUUUAAAGUGAGAGACAUGACUCUUCCUUUCACUUCAACACUUAAAGUCCACUGCAAGGUUAUAAGCUGGGGCCUAAUUUCAAUAUUGUUGUGUCUCUAGGAAGAGGGAGGUCUGAGGAGGAGAGAGACAGGAACCGCUGGUCAGUGGAGCAAUCAGAACAUAUAUAAUAUUUAUCAAUUAAGUUUUCUGUCUUAUUAGGGCACAGUUCAUGGCAUUCCAAAGCAAUUACAAUAGUAACAACAAUCACUGGCCACAGAUCACCACAACAGAUUUAAUAAUAGUGAAAAACUAUGAAAUACUCUAAGAAUUAUCAAAAUAUACGAGACAUGAAGGGAGAAGUUUUAUUGGAAACAUGGCACCAAUAGACUGGCUCAACACAAAGUUGCCAUAAACCUUCCAUUUGUAAAAAAAUGCAUUAUCUGCAAAGUGCAAUAAAGCAAAACGCAAUAAAAUGACAUAUGCCUGUAUCUCUAUCGAUAGGAGGAACAUUGCCAUUUUCUUCUACAUGACAUAAAAUUGUACUAAAAGGCACUAGUAUGUGCCUUUCUGGGUGGCAGGCCUCCACUCUUAUGAUGUUUUAACAAAGCAAAGUAGAUAUACUUACAGAUUCAAAUUUUGACUACUGAGUAACUCAUUUCAAAAAGAAAAUUCAGCUCAAUAAAAUUCAGUAUCUGUCUAAAACUAUUUGUCAGGGUAAUAAGUUCAUGGGAACUCCAAAGACAAAGUAUUUAGUCCCACUCUGUACUAAAGUAAACCUGGAUUGAGAUUUAUAAUAAAAAUCACAACACAACAGUAUUACUUGGUAAAGUCCUCAAAGUAGAUUUUAUUUAUACAUUUCUUCAAAUGAUUGUGGUAUUUUAAAAAAAUCUCUCCCAAAUUUGACGACAUAGGGACAGUGGUGAGAACAAGGUAUCCUUAAAGGAAACAAAUAUGGAUUGGUGCUUUCCUAGCUCACUGAGCUAACACUCAGAAGCCAAUUUAUUCUAUAAUCCUAAAGAACCUUAAAUGUGGGUUUGUUUGAAUUGGCCUUCUGAGAAUUGUUGAAAUAAAGAAAAUAUUACGGAAAAGAGAUUA